AUGAUCUCUGCUGAGUGUUCCUGCCACUACAGCGGGAGCGCUUCCUCGGCUACAGCUACAGCCACGACCAAGACCACGACCACUGGGGGUGGUGGCACGGUUCCAACUGGCGUCACUACGACUUUGCCUGCCUCUGCAGGAGCCACGUCGACCAGCAAGGCCAUCACGGUGAGUGGUUCAUUCGACGGUGGAAUGAAGAAGUAUGAUCGCAGCCCCAAGGUCUGUGCAGAGCAAGACGAAACCGGAGAGGCAGACGCAAUGUUUGUUUUGGAGGAUGGUGCUACCCUCUCGAACGUGAUUAUCGGACCUGAUCAGGCUGAGGGCGUGCACUGCAAGGGAACAUGUACACUCAACAACGUCUGGUGGGCCGAUGUUUGUGAAGACGCUCUUACGCUCAAGCAAUCCAGCGGCACUUCCUACGUUAAUGGCGGAGGUGCAUUCAAGGCUGCAGACAAGAUCAUCCAAUUCAACGGAAGGGGCACAGUCCAGAUCCAGAACUUCUACGCCAAUGAUUACGGCAAGGUGGUGCGAAGUUGCGGCAACUGCUCCGGCAACGGCGGCCCUCGUAACAUCAUCAUGAACAACGUGGUUGCUGUUGACGGUGGUGUGCUUUGCGGCAUCAACACUAAUUAUGGCGACACCUGCGUCAUGACGAACUGUUGCCAAGACGAUGGCAAGUCUUGCGACCGCUACACUGGAAACUCGGAUGGCAGUGAGCCGAGCAAGAUUGGGUCUGGGCCGGAUGGCACGUACUGCAAGGUUUCGGGGGCCACUACUAAUUGUUGA